ACCACGCAGGAGGGAGACCUCCUGCCCGUCUCAGCCUCAAAACAUCCUCCUCCUCGCUGCCUUUCUCCCACCUCCUCUCGCGACCCGCGAGCAUGGCGGCGACGGCAGAUCCGAGGGCCAAGCCGCCGCCCGCGCACCACCUCCAGCCGUGGGCGCGCCAGCAGCAGCAGCAGCCUCGAGCGCACCGCGCGCGCGCGCCCGCCCACCAAACCGUUGAAGAGUCCGCCUCUUCGGUGGGGGCCCGCGAUCGCCGCCGCUCGUCGUCCGAGUACAGCCGCAGGAGCAGCGGUGGCGAUGGGAGCGAGGAUCUCCGGGGCAAGCUCGUGGGCCACCUGCGGGACGCCGCGGACCGGCCCCGCGUAGCCGAGCCAAGCCCUCCGUUGCCCCCGCCGCCCCCGAAGGCGGCCAGCCAGCAGCCGGAGACGGAGCGCGAGCCCUCGCAAGAGCUCAAGGCGCCGCCGCAGGAACAAGAGCAGCAGCCGCAGGCUGAGGUGCCGGACAAGCCGUGGAAGCUGCGGGAGCGCACGCGGCGGCGUCCGGCGUCCCUGACGUCGUGGCCGUCCGCGGCGCCGUCGAGGCGCCGCAAGCGCGCGCCGUUCUCUGUCUCGCUCGCGCCCGAGGAGAUCGAGGAGGACAUCUACGCGCUGACGGGCGGCCGGCCGCGGCGGCGGCCCAGGAAGCGGCCGCGCGCCGUGCAGCAGAAGCUCGAUUCGCUGUUCCCGGGGAUGUGGCUGGCCGAGGUCACCGCCGACGACUACAAGGUGCCGGAGCCGGAAGAGGAGUAGCUCCCGCCGGCGGCAUGUUCCAGUCUUCCAGCUACCUCGCCUGUCCUCAUCGAUACCCUUGGUCGCGUGAGCACGUCGCGGCCAGCUCAGCUGUGAAGCCCGCGCCCGAAUUUAUAACUUCUCGGCCUGGUCGCGUGGUGGAGCCGGCCGGCGGCAGCGGGUGCGCGUAGCUGCUCGGGGUCGUCACUCAUGUGCCCAGUUUAUAAAAAGUUAGAAAUAGAGACUCUUGCUUAUUUGUCACAUGCUGUUACUGUCUUUCAUUUCUGUUUCUGUACAGUGCCUAGUAGUAGCGUGCUUGUAAUCUGCUGAAAUUUAUCCUUUCUUUCUUUACUUAAAUUUUGUUACUCCUAUUUUA